AUGAUGGACCCAAGGAAAUACGAUGAGCUCCUCGCGCAAGAAGACCACUAUUGCGAAUUAUAUGAUUUCAAAAUAAGGCUCAGGCUCACUACUACCUGUGACAACAAGUAUUAUUGCAGUGAUGCAAAGUUACACCACGCUGUUAUGACCAUCACUGGGGGGGGCUAUACUGUCAGAGAUAACUCCGUCUUAAGAAGUGAUGAAGAUGGCGUUUUCUACACACAAAUCGGUGCGAUGGUCAAUGUCCGUCAAAAGCUCGUUGCCUUUUUCAAGGAAAUGGAAGAUAAGGGCUACAUGUCAUACGAAAAUGAAUGUAGAUAUAUUUCAGGCGAAGAUCUAGAGGAUGUAAGCUUUAGUGGACCAAGUUUGGAGGAUCAGGAAUACGUCAAUUGGCUCUCGAGACGUAGGCGGGAAUUCGCGAUGAGACAAAUUGAUCUGCAGUUACAGUAA